AUGCUCUUACGUGACUUCGUCCACCAAAUGGACGCCAAAACACCUCAGUUAUCAGCCACCCUCACUGUAAAGGAUUUUGUACGCUUUGCUUCUCUCACUGCAAAAGUCCAACAAGUUGCCGGGGAAUCGUUACGCCCCACACCUGCUCAAACCACGGCGGUCAUGCCAUUUCUGAUCUCUGCGCUUUUGACUCAAAUACCUGAACACUUGAUGGGCGAAUUAUGGCGCCUAGCGUUUACUCACUUGCCCGGAUGCGACAUCGACACCUCUGCCGCUCUUCGACUGUGUGGCCUGUCACCCGAUCUUACCAACAAGCUGCCGGAACAAUUCUUACGUGCACCUCUAUUGAUAUGUAUCUGCUGCCCGGAGGCUUCCGCCUUGCACAUCCAUUCGCGUCUGGAUGGUUAUCUCUACGAUACCGACGGCACCCACGCCGUUCAGACAGUGAUCCUGUGCUGCUCCAACCCAACGUGUGGGACCUUCUACAGGCCCAGCUAUUACACCAAAGAUGGUUUCCAAAUCUAUUACUCGCAGGCAAUGGGACGCGAACCCAAUUAUCUGCAUAUCCACUGUCAUUUCUAUAUGACCUGCCGUUUGGCUUACAUGUUCCAAGUUAUCCAGAUGCUAGCGCAUGUAUCCCACUUCAAUCUGGUCAAUUGGUACAACCAGAUAUUCGUAGAGGACACCCCCAUAGCACAUUUUGACCCCAACCAAAAGUUCACCCCGUCCAUGUCAGAGGAGGUGUGCCGUGAUGGACUCAUUAUUCAUUCGUUGAUGAACCACGCCAACCGCCGAGGAAUUCACCAGGCUGUCACUUCAACUGGGAAUGACUCGAUCCGUUUUGAUUCCGCAAUACAAGACCACCUGGGGAGGUUAUCAGCUGAAGGAACACUGUAUUGUGACCACUUCUGUUCCAGCUGUGUCCGGAUUACUUCACAAACCGAUCCAGAGACCGGAGAAACCUUUUAUAAAUCAAUCCGCGCCGUCGUGACCGAUGGUCUCACCAUCGGGCACUACUGGUGCAGUGCCUCAUCUGAGCAAUUACAAGACAUUGCAAAACGUUUCGGUCUGCCCGCACCUGAAGGACCUUGUACAAACCAUCUCAACUCGAUCAAUGAUUGA